AGGACGCAACGUGUUAAUGGAGGCCUAUCGGCCGGGGCAGGGCCCUGCCGGGAGGGACGUGCCCCAGUCGCCAGCGCCUGAGCAAAGCGUUAGAGGCGGCUUUGCUCCGCGUCCCAACGAGAGGAGGAGCGCGGACGCCAGGCCUCGCCCGGGAACGGGAGUCCCCAGCGCGGGCGCUCCACGAGGUCCGCCCCGGGGCACGCCGGGAAACCGCGCGCCCCGCCCCCUCCCGCGCACGCUUCUCCCCCCGCUGCGCAGCCCUCGGCUGCCCCCUGCCGCCGCGGGGUGGACCCUGCAACCCGGUCCGUCCCCGCCUUCACGCCGCCGGAUUGGCCGCGCUCCGAACCUGAGGCUCCGCCCGUUUCCCCGGGUCCUUUGAUCACGCGCCUCCAGCCUCUUCCGGGGCCCGGGAGCCAACCGAGGGCGUUCCUGUCCGGGCUGCAACGGCGGGAGGGAGCCCAGUGGAGGCGCCCUCCCGAGGCACUGCCCAUGCUGACCGCACAGCCCCCCGGCUGCCGAUGUCAUGAGUAACACCACAGUGCCCAACGCCCCCCGGGCCAACAGCGACUCCAUGGUGGGCUAUGUGCUGGGCCCUUUCUUCCUCAUCACCCUGGUCGGGGUGGUGGUGGCUGUGGUAAUGUAUGUCCAGAAGAAAAAGCGGGUGGACAGGCUUCGCCAUCACCUGCUCCCCAUGUACAGCUAUGACCCCGCUGAGGAGCUACACGAGGCUGAGCAGGAGCUACUCUCUGACAUGGGAGACCUGAAGGUGGUGCACGGCUGGCAGAGUGGCUACCAGCACAAGCGGAUGCCCUUGCUGGAUGUCAAGACCUGACACCCUCACCUUCAGAACCAUGGGGUCCUGCCGCCUGCUGCUUCCCCUCCCACCUGCUCACCCAGCCCCCUGCUGGGCACUGGGUCUCCACUCCUCCCACCCACCCCAUCCCUUAGUCCUUUGUGGGCUGAGCCUGCUCCCAGGCACUCGGUGUUUUCCUCUUGGGGUGGGCCCUCCCUGACUUGGCUUGGGAGCGCUUUCCACGGUGACAGGGCCGGAUGUAUAGUCUUCGUAUACAUAUUUUGUAAAUAAAAUGUUUUGUGGUUA